CUCACACACACACAUACCCUAUGCCUUUGAGGCCAAACUAAGUACAUUACAUUCGUUUCCCCACAUCUUUUCUCUACAUUUUCUGAGACACAGUCAAGAAAAAAAAAUGAAGCUCGCCUUUGCAACUUUCCUGCUUGUUUGUCUUGUCCUCAGCUCAUCUUUCUUUGAGGCCACAAUGGCUGGUUCAAGCUUCUGUGACUCAAAGUGCCAGGUGAGGUGCUCAAAGGCGGGAGUACAGGACCGGUGCUUGAAGUACUGCGGUAUUUGCUGUAAGAAGUGUCAGUGUGUGCCAUCUGGGACUUAUGGGAACAAGGACGAGUGCCCUUGCUACAGGGACCUCAAGAAUUCCAAGGGCAAGAGCAAGUGCCCUUGAUCAUUUCUUGGUUGGGAUUCUGAGUCAAGGACCCUUAUAUUCAUAGAGUUUUAUUUAUUCAAAAAAAAAAAAAAGGAUAUAUAUUAAUAGAUUAGGCCUUGUAGAAGAUGGAAUAUCAAAGGAAUAAAUGGGGGUCCUUCGUU